AUGUUCUACGAGCCCGGCAAGACCGAACACAACCUGCCGCAUGACCCAUUCAAGGCUUGUGUUAUCCCUCGUCCUAUCGGUUGGAUCUCCACCGUCUCGGCCACGGGCGAGGCCAACCUCGCGCCGUACUCGCAGUUCAACAACCUGACCUUCGAUCCUCCCUACGUCAUGUUCAGUGCUAACCAGACGCCAUCGGGCAAGCAGAAAGACACGACUGUGAACACGGAGACCACCGGCAAGUUCUGCUGGAACCUGGCCACGUGGGAUCUGCGUGAGGCUGUCAACAUCACGGCCGAGCAGGUGGCACCCGGCGUGGACGAAUUCGAACGCGCCGGCCUGAAGAAGGAGAUGUCUAAGCGCAUUGACGGCGUCCCCAUGGUGGCCGACAGCCCCGUUAAGUUCGAGUGCGAGUACUACACCACGCUGCGUCUACCUGGCAACCCGCCCAUGGGCUCGGUGGACGUUAUCAUCGGCAAGGUCGUGGCUGUGCAUAUCAAGGACGAAGUGCUGACGGACGGCAUUUUGGACGUCAAGAAGACCAAGCCCAUUGCACGUUGCGGCUACUACCAGUACACGGUGGUGACGGAGACGUUCGAGAUGAUCAUCCCCACCAACAACCAGGUGGGCGAGGAUGUGUUGGGAGGCCUCGAGGGCAGCACCCGUAAGCACAGAGAAAUCACUCAGCGCGAACACCAGGACGAGACGGAGAAGCCGUGA